UGUAAGCAGCACACAGGCUGCCAGCACUGACAGCACUUCUUUAAACUUUCUCCUGACGUGGAUUAUUUAUGGUUUGCUUUCUUUAAAGUACUUUGAUGGCUCUCUUUAAAGUCAAAAAGAUUCCCAGCACUGGGAAAAGUCCAAGAGUUUGUCCUGGAACAGAGUGAAGAAGAAAGAAGGAGGGAGGAUAGCAGCAGUUUUUCCUCUCAUCUCUGCCUCAGCAGGCGUUUCUUCUUCUUCUGUGGAAGAAUGGGGGCAGGAGCUCUGACCAUCUGUCACAACAAGACAGCAGUGCAGGUUAAAGAAGACAUGAAGAAGAUGGUUCAGAUACCAUUACUGCGACCCAGGACAGUGGCUGCCAAGCAUACCAAGCUGUUUGGAGUGACUCUGUCUGAGCUGCAGGAGAAGGGCCUGAUGGAGGAUGGUGUGCCCCUGGUGCUGAGGAGGAUGGUGGAGUAUCUACGCAAGCAUGCCUUGCAUCAGGAGGGUCUGUUCAGAGUUAACGGGAAUGUGAGGGCUGUGGAGACCCUUAAACAGCGGCUGGAGAGUGGAGAAGAGGUGGACCUUUUCUCUGAAUCUGACUCAUGUACAGUGGCCAGUUUGCUCAAACGGUACCUCAGGGACCUGCCAGAGGGUCUGGUAGACUCCACAGUCCAGCAGGCACUGAUACAUCACUACCAAGAGUGUGGUGAUGACGUUUCCUGCUCAGACAUGAGAGAUAUGCUCCAACAGCUUCCAGACGUCCACAUCAGACUUCUCCAGUACCUCUGCCACUUUCUCACCCAUGUCGAGUGCAACCACAAGGAAAACCGUAUGACUGCACUGAACCUUGCCACUGUUUUUGGACCCAGUGUCUUUCAUGUUGCUCCUGGUUUUGAGGCAUUGAAGGACCAAAAUAUUUGUAACAAGAUCAUGGUGAAGCUCAUCCAGAACUACAGCAAUAUAUUUGAGGCUGACAGAGAUGGAGAAGGCUGCCCAGAGGAACAAUCAAGGCUUAUCGUUCUGAAGGAGGCAAGCCAGACACAAACAGACACAGACUCAUCACCCAGCCUCCCUGAUGGAAAUACACCAACACCAGUUCCCAGGAUAAAGGUUGGACUGAAAAACACACCAGAAAAAGAAGAACUUCUUAGCAAAUCCCCCUCUGCAAAUCCAUACCUGGGGCAGAGGAAAAGGAAGGUGAGGAAAGGGGAGAGUGACGGCAUGGUUCGCAUUGUCUCUCAACCUCGCCGCUCCGGUGGGUUACCCGAUUCAAGGACUCAGCCCAAGCCAGCAGUCUUGCCCCUGACCUCAGAGUGCAGGACCCCAAGUCCAGAAGUGGUGGAGACAGCUCCCCUUCAUUUGGCUUGCAUAGACACUCCAGACACAAAGUUGCACGGGGGAAACCUCAGCUUCAACCCUUCAGGCAGCACGGAGUCCCUCAGCAGCUCCCAUGAAGACGACAGGCCGAUAUCUCCUUUCUACAUGAGUAACCAUCUCUCCCCUGUCCGCUGCAGACCAGAUGUAGUAGAUUUCCUGGACAGGACGAUUAGUUCGGUAGUGGAGCAGCAUGUCUUUGGUGUAAGUGCCCUUAAAGGUCAAAGUUUAGAGGACUGGGAGCUGACCUCCUGCCCACCGUCUCCAAAGGUGACACCAACUGCCAGACAGAGACGUCGACACCAAAGGGAGCAACAAGAGGAGGGGCUCAGACACAAAGAAAGAAACAGAUCUUGCUCCGUGAGAGGCACAAACAAGGAGAACAUCCCGUCAAGCGGUGGAAGUGGGGCAGUCAGCGUGGGUGAGAACACAGGCAGCAGCGUGGACUCGCAGGGAGGCCAGAGUGGUCACGCUGAGCGAACCCUUAAACCAAGGAAGAAACACAGCCCGACACUGGUGCAGCUUACUGACAACCAGGACGCCCACACAUUCAAGGAAUGUGUUGAGAGACCAGGAACAACCCACAUGGACACAUUUCAGAAAGGGAAUGGCUUUUCAAGAAAAGAUUGUCCUUCUUCUCCUCCUCAGACGUUAAGGAUGAAGAUUCAGGAGUCGCCCAUCACUUGUGACAUGGGGAGGGUCAGCGGGGAGGUGCGAGGCUCAGACCCGGACUGCGAGAAGACAAGUUGUGAGGAUGUGCCACGGCUGGACCUAACAGCACUGACUGAGGACAACAAUUGGGGAGAUUCUCCAUUCUUUAGCACACCCUUCCUUGAUUUCAAAAACCUUUUUCAGCUGAGUUUUUGUGAUGAGCCUGUGCCAGCGUACUCACUGCAGAGAGAGAGUAUGGACAGAGAGGAGGCCAGACUGUCUCCUCAUGCAGGAGGACGCCUCAUCCGCCAGCUCCUAGAGGAGGACAGCGACCCAAUGCUGUCCCCUCGCUUCUAUGCCUACGGACAGUGCCAGCAGUACCUGGAUGACACUGAAGUGCCUCCGUCCCCACCAAACUCACACUCAUUUGUCAGUCGCAGACGGAGUUCAUCUCUUGGCUCCUGUGAUGAUGAGAAGGAGGAGCUGACAUCCGCCCAGCUCACUAAGAGGAUACAUAUACUAAAGAAGAAGAUCCACAGGUUUGAGGAGAGAUUUGAAGAGGAGCGCAAAUACAGACCCUCCCACAGUGAUAAAGCUGCAAACCCAGAAGUGCUGAGGUGGGUAACUGAACUGGCCAAGCUUCGUAAAGAGCUUAAAGAACACAAGCUGAUGAAGUCUGAGGAGGAUCUGCCUCCACUGACCCGCCAGCGGAGCAACACGCUGCCCAAAAGCUUCGGCUCUCAGCUGGAGAAGAAGCCACAGCAAGAGAAAGUGCCAAAACCUCCAGUAGAAAGCAGCCUGGAGGCGAUUCAGAAGAAACUACAGGAGAAGAGAGAGGAGGUGAACCGGCCAGAGGACAUCAAGGAUAUGACACGGGAGCAGAUUGGAGCUGAGAAAGUCGCCCUUCAGAAAGCUCUUUUGUACUACGAGAGCAUCCACGGGCGACCAGUCACCAAGAGCGAAAGACAAAUCAUGAAACCUCUGUACGACAGAUAUCGCCUGGUGAAGCAGAUUCUUAUCAGAGCCUCCACCAUCCCUGUCAUUGGUUCUCCCUCCAGCAAGCGCAGAGGUCCCCUCCUUCAGCCCAUUAUCGAGGGCGAAACCGCACUCUUCUUCGAUGAUAUCAAGGAGGAAGAGGACGGCUCUGAGGAUGACGGAGAAACAAAGACUCAGUUCACCGUGACUGUACGGCCCGACAUCAGCGUGCUCAGCUUCCUUGAUCACAUGGACGAGGAAGUGGAUGGUUUCAUUUCACCUGUGGAUGAACUCUCACCCUCUAAGAACACAACAGACAUGAGGCUGUCCAACCUGCACGCUGCUACCACGCAGGAACUUGUGGAGCAGCUUCAGGAGACGAGAGAGGAGAAGAAGAGACUCCGUAAGAACCUGAAAGAGUUCGAGGACCAGUUCUUUCGACAGAAUGGAAGAAACGUGCAGAAGGAGGACCGCUCCCCGCUGGCAGUGGAGUACAGCGAAUACAAGCAUGUUAAAGCCAAACUGCGGCUGCUGGAAGUCCUCAUCAGCAAAAAAGACUCUUCCAAGUUCAUCUGAGAAUAAAUAAAAAAGAGACUAUUCAAAGGACUGAUGCUGAGUCUGCAAACACGUCACCAUCUGAACCUCACCUUCACAAAGAGGACUCCAGCAGAAGAUGAAUCACACUUUUACUGCUUCUAAUUUAUUUCUAUCCUUAUUGAAUGUUAUUAUCAGUAGAGAAAAUGUAAUUUUUCUCCCACUUUACCCGUAGAAGUCUUAAAAAAAACACCUUGUAAGUAAAUAAUAGAGAUGAGAUUAUUGAUAUUUUUAAAGAAGGAUUUGUGAUCAAGAUUUCUGUGUAUUUUUUUAAGGGAGAUGUUACUAUUUGUAUAACUUCAGUCAGCUUAACAGUAUUGACUAAAUGAAUAGCUUUGUUUAUUUCAGUUCUGACCAUGGUAAAAUGUGUCUGAAAUAUUCUAAUAUUGCUUCUGUAGAAGUUAAACCGAGUAUUUGCUCACUUAAAGAAGUGGUUUCUAAUUUUAAUACAACCCAAAGACUCAAGAGUAAAAACAGCAAACCAAAACAUUCAUCACUAUAUUCCAUAAAACGGAUUAUUUUCCUUAUCACUAACACUUUCUGAGGCAUUAACUGUGUAUUUUUUAUGCAUUGAUGUGCUUUUCCCCAUGUUAAAUAAGCUAUUUCCUGUUGGAAUCACUGGUAUGUUUGUGCUCACUGAUAAAAAUGUUGUCAUGGCUGUUUGUGAGACGACUCUGGAGGGCAGAAACGUUCUGAGUUUCCUUUUCAUCCUCACCAGAAGUUUGGUUGUUGUAAAUACAGAUCAAUGUGUAUGUUUACAUUUCUGUGAGCAAGUACACGUUUCCUUUUCUUUCUCCAAAAUGGAUGAUUAUCAGUGUGUAUUUCGUUUUUACUGAAUGUAAACACUGGCAAGGCUUAAUGAAUUUUGAGUGUGUACGUUUUUGUACAUAAGUUUUAUUUGUAUUUUGUAUAUAUUAUGAAUGAAAUCAUAUUUUUACUGA